UUAGAUAAAUCAAACAGUAGGAGAGUGAAACCGCGGGUGUAAGAUAAAAACUGUGGAAACUUAUCACGUUAAAACAUACGACCAGCUAAAGUAUAUGAAUAGCAGUCGAUUCUGUAUAACGUUACAUCUGUAAAAAAAAAAAAAAAAAAAAAAAAGUUUGUUUGCUUCCGAGAGUUUGUGGAAAUACUGGGAGAUGCUGUCCACUCUCUCCUCUUUUCAGACUCGGUUAGCGUCCAUCAUGGAGACGCUCGUGCAGACAGCGGUGCUAGAGAUCAAGCUCGUGGAUGUGGAGUGUGAAGUGUUGCUGUCCGAGGUCACCCGCAGCCGCACUGAGGAAGAGACUGACGGAGGUCCAGCCGUGGACAAACACCGACACAGAGGUUCACAUCUGCCAAGAGCUACUUACACCUUUUGUGAAUGUGGCCAAGAAGAGAUCCACUGUCAUUUGAACAGGUGUAGAGGCCCAAGAAAAGACGUCCCAACAGUAAUUCAGCAAGACCAAGACAGUCCACAGCAGAAGUGUAAGCCAAACCAGCCGGUUAGUACGAUAAAGCAGGAGCAACAGGAAGUAGAUGUUUGCAUUGGUCAAGACAACAGUGAAGCAGGAACCCAGUGUGGUGAAGCUGUGAGCCUGUCACCCAUCAAGGAUGCUCUCAAAACCGUUCCUUGUGUUGGCAGCGGAAGUAGAGAAAACGCAACCGCGAGAGUCCCGUCUAAAGCAGAAACACCAGAAGUGAACAGAAACACCUCACCCGGAGCGAUCACGCUGAACCAGACUGUGCCAAAUGCUGAACCAAACACGUCUUUCAGUCACGCGCAGAGUUGGAGUGCAUCAAACUCCACAAGAACAAACGGUACCUACUCUAUUCCAGGAGACAAGCGUUUUGUUUGCUCCUAUUGUUCGAAGAGGUUCAGGUGUGUUAGUCAACUUACCAUACAUCAGCGGAGUCACACGGGUGAGAAGCCAUACAGGUGCACGCUCUGUGGAAAGAGGUACCUUCAGAAAGGACACCUGUACACCCAUCAGCGCACCCAUACCGGAGAGAAGCCGUAUCGAUGUUCGCUCUGUGCAAAAGGCUUUAUUCAGCAAUGCACGCUAGACAUGCAUCUGCGAAGUCACACUGGAGAAAAACCCUACACUUGUACAGAAUGUGGGAAGGGGUUCAUGACCAAAUUUUAUCUUAACAAACACUUGUCGUGUCAGACUUGCAACAGCAUUCGAUAUUUCCCUAAAGUUAUUCUGAAUAGUUAUUUUUUUAAUCGUAUUUUCUAUACAGUAUUUUACGGUAAAUCAUCCCAUGAUUCCUUUCAGCCAAACGCUAUUUAUGGUUUCUACAGAAAGAUUGUAUUGAAUACAGGGACAGUGACUGCCAAAACCCCCCCAGCUAUAUUAAGAGUACACUGGAGCCUACAUUUUAUCCAGACAUUGUUAAGCUUCCCGAAAGCGACGGACAUCAUGAAUACUGCUGAUUUUCAGACGCAGCUAACGUCCAUAAUGGAAAUUAUGGCGAGAACCGCUGCUGUGGAAAUAAGCAAACUUUUCGAGGAGAAUUCUUUGUUGCUGCGAUUACAGAUUUCACGCUGUACAAGCGAAAACGAAUCUCUGAAAAAGAAAUGUAAUUUUCUGGAGAAUGAACUUCAGUCUGCGCGGAAAGGCGCUGGGAAGAUGAACGGGACACGAGCUCCAUUCAGUCAUCCGGGACAUACAGACAGCGAACGCCAGCCCACAAUUGGCAGUGUCUUUGGUAAGGAAUGGUGCAUGAACCUCUGGAGACACGAGGAGUCUCAUGUUGGUCAGAAGGACGACGCACACCUAGACUCUUCAGUCAACACAGAAGAGCCAAUAAAUUUGCUGGAUGAAGAAACAGAUGUGAUUAUGAUAAAUGAGGAGACGCUGAAGGAUGACAGUUGCACUGGGAAAAAUAAACCUGAGGAAGACGGAAGUAGCAGUUUGAGAGGAUCUGCAGUGACCAGUGAUGAGAGAUGUGUUGCCCAGAGCUCUGAUGAUUUUAUCACAUACACAGUACCUUCAGAUGACCAAGACCAAUCGAACGUGCACCAGACACCAGCUGAAGAACAAGCUCUUGAUGGAACGAUCUCUACACAUGGAGACGUCACAACAGGGCCAGAUCUGAGCCCCGACGUAGAAUUUAUUCCUAAUAACCUGAAUUUCAUUGAGUCCGUUACACCAAAUAAGAAUUUCAAGUGUGUGUUCUGUGGGAAAAGCUUUGAGUAUUUAAGCCAUAUGACAAGACACAUGCGAAAACACUCCGGAGAAAAACCUUACAUCUGUACAGUUUGUGGUAAACGGUUUGCUCAGAAAACCUAUCUGACUACUCACCAGCGCACUCAUUCUGGAGAGAGGCCGUACUCGUGCAUGGAGUGUGGAAAGAGCUUUUCUCAGAAAUCUUCUCUUAACGUACACCUCCGAAGCCACACAGGAGAAAAGCCAUUUAGCUGCUCACACUGUGGUAAAAGCUACGCCUUCAAAAUUGCGCUUAGAACACACCGAUGUUAAAACAGAAAUAAAUUGCUAUUGGAUAUUGUCUCCUUGGUUUAAGUAUAAAACUUCUGUCUAGGUCAUUAUAGAAUAUCCUUCUUAUCUGUUGUUAUAAAAUAAAUGUUUAAAAAGGGAAAAAAUGGGAAAAUAGGGAAAAGAGUCAGAGUAGACAAAAAUGCUGGUUGUUUGUUUACAUGUGCAAUAUAAUGUCUCUAUAAAAAAUGUGCUCACUAAA